AUGGCUACAGUUCUGCAAAAGAAUGGUAUGAAACCAUUAUCGAACGGUAACGGCCUGGUGCAAAAUAUCAACGGCUUUGAACAAGUCCCAGAAAACACCGAAAUCGAAGAAAUAUGCCGAGAACCGAACAGGCAGGAGUCCUGCCCGGAACCGGAGCAGACCAUCGAAGAACCCGAAAUAGACAUAGUAAUAAACAAUGUAGUUUGUAGUUUUAGUGUUCGGUGUCACCUGAACCUGCGCGAAAUAGCCCUAUCGGGGGCGAACGUGGAGUACCGCAAGGAGAACGGCAUGGUCACCAUGAAGCUGCGCAGACCCUACACCACGGCCAGUAUAUGGUCAUCGGGGAAGAUCACUUGCACGGGGGCCACCAGCGAAAUAGCCGCCAAACAGGCGGCUAGGAGAUUCGCCCGUUGCUUGCAGAAGCUCGGCUUUAACGUUCGAUUCAGAAACUAUAGAGUGGUUAACGUACUAGGUACUUGUUCUAUGCCGUUCUCUAUAAGGAUCAGUUCGUUCUCGGAGAGGCAUCGAGAAGCCGACUACGAACCAGAAUUACAUCCAGGAGUCACAUAUAAAUUAAAGACUCCCAAAGCGACUUUAAAGAUAUUUUCCACGGGCAGCGUAACAGUAACUGCUCCGAGCGUGGCAGAUGUGCAAGCAGCCAUCGAAUACAUAUUCCCUCUAGUGUACGAGUUUCGCAAAGAGCGCACCAAAGAAGAGAAAGAGGCGUUGGCCAAAAAGAAGCUGAAGCAACUGGGCGAGACGCCUUGGAGAGAGGAAGGGUCCGAGGAAGGCGAGGAGACGCCGGAGAAUACCGUGACAAUGUGCUCGUCGAACAAUGAAGAGGAGACGGAGACGUGGAAUUAGGUUAAAUUGAAUUUAUGGACGAUAGGGGGGCGCAUUGCAUUUGGUUUUUUUUUCUCUCGCUGGUUUUUUUUCUCUUCUCUCGUUUCUGUGUAACCUCAUCGGUUCUUGGUGCGAUGUUUUUCGAAUUGGGGAUGUCGAUUCGAUUGUCCGAUGGAUCCGCAUCCCCGUUUUGAACCUAGUCCGGUAUUUCGUUUUUUAAACGCUGAAAGACUGAAUCGUGUUUUUCUUUGUGAUUUUUUUUUGUUUAUUUUUUUUUUGUAUUAUUUCUUGGCCAGUCCGCGGGAAUUCAUUAGCUCGAAUUUAUUCGUUCAAAUCGUUUUGUAAAUUGUAGAAUUUAUAAAAGACAAUAAAACUCGAGGGCAUUACAAUUUACGAGCAAUAAUUGGGAGAGAACGCGUUCGAGAUUUUUAUCCGGAUGGAUAAGCUAGUGAUUGGAUUGGAUAUCGAUGAACAAAAUAGUCGUACAGGGUGUUUGGGAUAUCAUAGCAGAUAUUUUUUAUUAUUAAAAUAUUGUUUAUUUUGAGUAAAAGGUUGUAGAUAAACUGAACAAAUUUCAACGUAGUUAUUAAUAAUUGACAAAUAAAUAUGAAUUAUUUAUAAUAAGUCAACUUUCGUUAAUCUUACUGUAGAAGGAACAUUGUUGUGAAAAAAAUCGAAAAUUAAAAUAUUUCUAUUUAGUUUUUGAAAUGUUUGCAAUGAAUCUCUAAGCACUCUGCAGAGUAGAUAGUUUUUAGUAUUUUAUCACAAUUGUCAAUUAAUGAAUUAAAAAGAAAUCUUUCGAAAUGUUACCUAUUUAUUUGAAAAGACAUUUCUUUAUUAUUCGUUUUGACCGAUCUGUUUAUAUUUUUAAGUGUUUAUAGGCAAACUUUUCUCACAGAACCAUUGGGACAAUCAAUUAACGGAAAUUAGUGCCCUUAAUGUCCACCCCUCCUAGUGAUAUAAGAUUCGGUAAUUCAGUAUUUCUUGAAGAAAAAAAAAGUACCAUCGGUGUUCGCGAGUUGUGAACGAGAAAUCUUGGUUUUGAAAGUACUGCUGGUUAUUAUUAAGUGUAUCAAUUCGAAUAUGCAAUAUUUAAUAGACCACCGCUUAUUCUAUCUUAAAGGGUCCAAAAGAGGGUAAUGAAAACAAAAAGUAAUAAUUAGAUUAACUGAUAAAGUGGCCAAUUACUUUUCGAAUUUUAUUUAACGGUGGAUUAUCACAAAGCAAAACAGUCAGUUAAAUUUAACGAUAGGUGAAGUUAGACGGAGGUUUGAAAAACUAUUUUGUACAUACGAGUGGGUGCUCUCUGUUAAACAAUUAAAAAAAAUGUAUAUCUCGAUUAAACUCGAAUUUCCAAUAAAUGCUUACAGGAUAUACAUUUUUUUUUAUUUAAAUAAAAGUCUGUCUUGGAGGAGUACCCGAUUUAGAUAUCACUAUUUAUUGUUACACGCAGACCAUUCAAAGCUCCGAACUAAAAUAACACUAGUUUGUAAACUUUUAUAGUAUAUUCACGAUAAUCGGACGAUGACGUCGCUAAUACGUCAUCGUUAGAUUAAAGUGACCAACGUUUAUAUCAUUAGACUAAUUUAAAAUUUACUGCCAAUGUACAGGGUGAAUCUAUUGCUCUCAGUUUUCAUUUUACGCGUAUUUAUAUUUUGAAUGGUCUGUAUGAGAAUUAGUUCUAAGUAAGUCGUAGGUAUAUUGACUGAUCAUUUUCCACAAAUUUCCACACAUUUCCACUGAAUAGGCGAGAUAUACACGGAAUAAAAUGACGUUUACCUUUUUAACUGUUCAAUGUCGCUUCUGUUUUGUGAUAUUUCUUAUAUCGGACUGAUUGUAGAAAAAUCGAAACGAACUAAAUAAAUUGUACGAUUUUAUGUCAUGUGUAAAACAGUUUGAGUAUAAAAUGCAAGCGUUUUACAGGGUGAGUCACUGAAGUGUCGCUCAUUAAUGAAAUCUGUAAUCGUUCAAAAUUGAAAUUUUGUUAGUAAAUCAUUUUAUAGAUUCUCCAUAUAACAAAUUUUGUUGUAAUUUUUGAGUUAUAUAAAAAGACUCGCCCUGUAUUAUACAUACAGACUAUUUUUUCUUGUUUAUAAAUACAGGGUGUCCCGUAUAAGAAUCGAGACAGCAGGGGCCUCUAGGGGAGCCCAAAAUAUGUUGUUUAACUCAACUUAAUUCAAAGUUACAUUUCUAUGAAGUUAUAGGCCUUUAAAAAAAUCAUAAAACAACUAAAUUUUUUAUACGUUAUGAGUGUACUAAGAGCAUUAAUCGAUAAUUAGGAGAGAUAAAUUGAUGUAAUUAAAAGGAUUCAUCAGUGAUGAUGCUCCUUUAAAAUGUUACAGAAUUUUUUUACCUGAUGAACGAUUUAAAAAAAUAUUAGUUCAUUUUAUAGGUAAUUUCAUUUCAGAAACUUUUUUAUUCUUUAUGUUUUUUAAAAUGUUAUGUCGUCUUGAUGAAUAACGCUAAAAAAUAAAGUCGUGUACACUUUCAAAGUUACUUAAUGUCGAUUGCCAACUACGAGAUAACUCGUAGAUUAGGUUCUUUUUCUAGGGCGCCGACUAAGAGUUAUUUAGUAUUAAUAUCAUAUGAUUCUUAGACUGGAAUUUUGAAGCCCCUGUUAUGUCUCGGUUUUUAUGCGGAACACCCUGUAUAUCAUAUAAAUUUCACACACCAGGCCUAUUAAUGUCAAUUCGUAUUUUUCAAAACACCUUUUCGGAUGAUUCUAGCACACUUUUUACGACUCGUAUUUAAUUGAUUUCUUAAUUAUUAAAGUGUCUGUAUUUAUCGAGUUUUAAUAAAUAUCACAAAGGCCUGUAAAAAGUGUGUAUGUAAUGUUUAAGUGUAUUUCAUCGUACUUGAGGUGUGUAUUCGUAAGGCUGAUAUUAAAUGUCUGGAUAAUUACGAUGUUAUCCUUUCCAGGAUUGUAAUAUUUGUACAGCAGAUCACAGAUAUAUAGGACUUUUAAAUUGAUAUUGGAUAUUUAUUAUCCUUUUUAUUAUGUUUUUUUUUAUUGUCGCUGUUUUGUAGUUAAUUUACACAUUUUUGUUUGAUAAAUAAUUGAUUAAUGUAAUAUAUAAGUACGGAGUUAUUUCGUUUGGCGAAGUUUCUGGAGUUAAUUUUUUUUAAAAGAGCCCCGAAAUUGGUUUAGGUCGUGCCUGUUUGUAACUACUAUUAAUAGGGCAUUUCGUGGGUGUAGUAGGUUCGAAUUUAGCAAAAUAUUCCAAUGAGAUUUGAAUAGGGAAGUGAAGGGUGCGGACCAGUAACUUUUUUUUUAAUUUAUGCAUAUUACAUUUGAGCCGAACGAGCGUUAUAAAUACUGCUAAACGUACUAAUUUUUAUAACCUCAACGUGUAAUAAAAAUGCAUCACAACUAUUCUGUAUAACAAGGAAAAAGUCUGAUUAAUCGUGGAUAUUCGACAACGAUUUUUGCUAACUUUUUCGUCGUGUACACGCCCAACCGACGCAGAAAUCAAAGUAGAAGCAAUUUGUUGUAAUCCCUUAAGCCUUAUCGUUAGUAAUAUCCGAAAAAUUUAUCAUACAAUAGUAAGUGUUUGCAUGAGAUGUGUUUGUAUGUCAUCGAUAUAGAUUGAAUUUGUUUAAUCGAACUGUUUCUUUUCGCUGAAAAAAGCUCUUUGUUUUGGUCCGAAAAUAAGUAUGACAUUGACAAUUUAUUUGCAAUUACUUGGCAAUGUAAGUAUACCAAAAAAAUAAUGAAUUUUUUAUUAGAACUAUUCGUGUUUUUCGCUUUCGAUUUGAUAGAGCUGGGAUGAUAUUUGUUUCUACUGCACAGUUUUUGCUUAUUACGUUUAUUACAUUACUCGGCAUUACAUGAUAAUGUUAAAGACUUUCCCAGCUCUGUAUAUUUGGAUUAUUUUAAUAUAGUUCUGUACAUAUACUAAAUAAAGUUUUCUCAUACUGUUUAUA